CGAGCGAGUCCUCUCUGACCUUUAGGGCUCCGAUAGGAAGCUGAGCUGACCUCUAUGGACCCAUCAGGCUCAUGAAGCGUGUGUCCUUUAUUUGUGCCUCUAACGUGGAAUCUGAAGGUUGUGGUGAAUCGUACGCAUCCCACCUGGUUUGUGAAGUAGAGUGAGCGCUCUCGCCAUCAGAGGAUCUUUGCAGGUCGCGUUUCUUCAGUCCGACCAACAUGUCGAAGCUGAGUGUGUUUCUGAGGUCCGCUGCGGUUCUUCUCAGACCUGCUGCCUCUACCUCACAGGCUCGUGCACGUCUCCACACUGGCCCCCAACAGGAGCACAAAACAUUCUACGAGUUUCGCACCUACAGCAUCCACCCCCAUCAGAAUGCUGCCUUCCUCAAGCUGACCAAUGAGAAGAUCCACCUGCGCACCGCACACUCUGAGCUGAUUGGUUACUGGACCGUGGAGUACGGUGGUCUGAACCAAGUGUUCCAUAUCUGGAAGUAUGACAGUUACUCUCAGCGGGCAGCUGUACGGGCCGCUCUGGCCCAGGACCCCACCUGGAUUUCAGACUACAUCUCUAAGGCUCUACCGAUGCUGACCUCCCAGGACAAUGAAGUCACCUACCUGGUACCAUGGAGCCGCCUGCACAAGCCGCCAAAGGAGGGCGGGGUGUACGAGCUGGCGAGCUAUCAGAUGCGUCCUGGUGGUCCGGCGGUUUGGGGCAGCGCCUUCCAGGCAGCGAUCUGCGCCCGUGAUGCCCCGGGUUACGGCAAGCUGCUAGGAGCAUUCCACAGCGAGUUUGGCGCCCUGAACCAGGUUCACGCCCUUUGGUGGUACGAGAGCGCAGACCAUCGAGCUGAAGUUCGACACAAAGCACACAACGAUGCAAGAGUGGUCGCUGCCGUGAGGAACAGCGUCACCCACCUGGACACUCAGAGGAACCGCCUCAUGCACCCCUGUCUCUUCUCGCCCAUGAACUAACUUCCUGUGGUCUCUACGGUAACAAGUCUGCAACCAGCGGAAUUUCCUGCACUAACCAAUCACGGCUCAGCACCCAAGGCCCUGUCAGUAAGAAUGAGAGCUGCAUGAUCUAAACCUGCUGGGGAGGCGGGGCUUCCCUUACAAAGUGCCGCUAAAAGACUGAAUGUUUUGAAAUAUGAACAAUAAAGUUUGACUUUUAUUCUUUGA